GUCCCGUGCAGGGCGCGCUCGCCCCUCAACCUUCUCCUGGGGCCCCCCUGCUGGAAGGAACCCUUUUUCGUUCUGUGGUCGGUAGCACGUCCACGGCUGUGGACAUGCCGGAGAUCAGCCUCCGCCACGUCGUGUCCUGCAGCAGCCAGGACUCGACCCAUUGUGCAGAAAACCUUCUCAAGGCCGACACUUACCGGAAGUGGCGCGCAGCCAAGGCAGGCGAGAAGACCAUCUCUGUGGUCCUACAGUUGGAGAAGGAGGAGCAGAUACACAGCAUAGACAUUGGGAACGACGGCUCAGCCUUUGUAGAGGUGCUGGUGGGCAGCUCGGCUGGAGGGGCCACAGCUGGUGAACAGGACUAUGAGGUCCUUCUGGUGACCUCCUCUUUCAUGUCCCCUUCUGAGAGUCGAAGUGGCUCAAAUCCCAACCGCGUUCGUUUCUUUGGACCUGACAAGUUAGUCCGGGCCGCAGCAGAGAAGCGCUGGGAUCGUGUUAAAAUUGUGUGCAGCCAGCCAUACAGCAAGGACUCACCCUAUGGCCUGAGUUUUGUGAGGUUUCACAGCCCUCCAGACAAAGAGGAGGUGGAGGCUCCAUCCCAGAAGGUGACAGUGACCAAGCUCGGCCAGUUCCGUGUGAAAGAGGAGGAUGACAGUGCCAAUUCCCUAAAACCAGGGGCUCUCUUCUUUAGUCGCAUCAACAAGACGUCUUCAGUCUCUGCUAGUGACCCAGCGGGACCCAGCUAUGCAGCAGCUACACUGCAGGCCUCAAACGCAGGCUCCUCGGCCUCUCCGGUCUCCAAGGCUUUGGGUAGCUCUUCCAAGGAGUCUCCCAAAGGGAAGAGGAAACUGGACUUGAACCUAGAAGACAGGAAGCCUCCCAGCAAACCUUCAGCGGGGCCACCUGCCCUCAAGAGACCCAAACUGCCUGUUCCUAGUCGCUCCCCAGCUGGAGCUCCAGCCUCUGCCCCAUCACAGAAGGCGGUCCCAGGGACGCCCCAGGGAGAAGGCUCUGAGCCCAGGGUGGCCCGAGCUGGCCCCCAGGAGCUGGGGAAGAUUCUGCAGGGUGUGGUGGUGGUGCUCAGUGGCUUCCAGAACCCCUUCCGCUCAGAGCUGCGGGACAAAGCCCUGGAGCUGGGGGCCAAGUAUCGGCCAGACUGGACUCCGGACAGCACACAUCUCAUCUGUGCCUUUGCCAACACUCCCAAGUACAGCCAGGUCCUGGGCCUCGGAGGCAGUAUUGUGCGGAAAGAGUGGGUGCUGGACUGCUACCGGAUGCGGCGCCGGCUGCCCUCCCGGAGGUACCUCAUGGCAGGUCCUGGCUCCAGCAGUGAGGACGAGGGGGACUCUCCCAGUGAGGGCGGUGAAGAUGAAACUCCCAAGCUUCCCCAUAAGCGGCCCCAGGCCAAAGCCAAGACCCAGGCAGCAGGACCUAGCUCACCAAAAAGACCACCAGCUCCAAAAGAGACGAAAGCACCCUCACCAGGACCCCAGGACAAUAGUGACACUGAGGGGGAACAGUCAGAAGGACAGGACAAUGGGGCGGAAGAUUCCGGGGACACGGAGGAUGAGCUGAGGAGGGUGGCCAAGCAGAGGGAGCAGAAGCAGCCCCCAGCUCCAGGGGAGAAUGGCGAGGACCCGUAUGCUGGCUCCACAGACGAGAAUACAGACACUGAGGCUGACCUGCCAAUUCCAGAGCUGCCAGACUUCUUCCAAGGCAAGCACUUCUUCCUUUAUGGGGAGUUCCCUGGGGACGAGAGGAGGAAGCUCAUCCGAUAUGUGACUGCUUUUAAUGGUGAGCUUGAGGACUACAUGAGCGAGCGUGUCCAGUUCGUUAUCACAGCCCAGGAGUGGGACCCCGUCUUUGAGGAGGCCCUGAUGGACAACCCUUCCCUGGCGUUCGUCCGGCCCCGGUGGAUCUACAGUUGUAAUGAAAAGCAGAAGUUACUUCCCCAUCAGCUCUAUGGGGUGGUGCCCCAGGCCUGAGUGUACACACCUGUAUGUGUGUGUACACGUGUGCACACAUGAGUUUAAUAAAGACUUUUUUUUUGG